AUGGAAAACGCAUUGUUGAUGCGAGUGAGUGUUUUCUCCGACCAGGGAGGCAGGAAAUACAUGGAGGACGUUACCGAGGUUGUAGUGGAGCCCGAGCCGGGGGAAGACGAGCUUAACUCGGACGAACAAGAUGAUGCCAAAGGGGAUAGCUCGACGGUCGACACUGUGCCUGAAAACGAGCAGCCUGAUCGGACUGCAAACAACGAGCCUCUAUCUGCCUCCACUACAGUUGCAUGGACACAACAUGUACAAAAUGGGGACCGAAGUUGUGCAGCAGCUGCACUGGCAGUAUCGACAGUGGAGAGUUCACCGGCUGCGGCCGAGAGUGAUAACCGCCCCCGGCGCUCAGUGGCUUUCUUCGCGGUGUUUGAUGGCCACGGAGGCCGCGAGGCAGCGCAAUUCGCACGGGACUAUUUAUGGGAAUUCAUCAAGAAACAGCGGGGGUUUUGGUCCAAGGAUGACGAGGAAGUGUGUGCAGCUAUUCGUAAAGGCUUCGUCGCCUGCCACCAUGCUAUGUGGAAAAAGCUGCGUAAGUUAGAAUCGUCCAUAUGUCUCGCUAACUAUGUAUAUCGGUAUUUGUUUUCGCAUUUAGCUAGCAAGCCGCUAAGGAUUAAAUGGCCACCACAUGCUCGAUGUGGUUUGGUUUCUCUGGCUUAGCUAUCAACAUAAACCUACCACUGCUGGCCAUCUGUCAGUAGUAGAGCAAAGAAAGAGAUCCCAUGAUUCCUACCUAAACCCCCAACCUAUCAGGUCACACGCACAGGCGGGUCCGCGGGGCUCCGUGGUGCCUUCCUCUGUUUGCAUUUCGAUACACGUUACAAUGGUUUAGCUGAUUGUUUGGAAAGAGGUUGCGUGACAUCGAUGGCAUAACAAAUCAGGUUUAUUGUUGGAGUAGGCAGCAUGUGAGAUCUGAUGUUGUUGGUUGUAAAGGAGAUGCAUCAUAUUUAUUGGAUUUGGCAAGUCAAUGCGUCCCAUCUCCUCUUUUAUCCGUUUGAUGAACAAGUCUCUUUUCUUAUCAGCUGUGAGGGCAGUUGUAUUUAGGGCAGUCAUCAGCGUUCUGCUCUGGAUCUUUCAACUGCCCUGUCAAGUCAGUAGUACACAGCCUGCUCUACACCAGUGGUUUCCAAACUGAAACAUUAAAGUUAUCCUUUUUAGAUAAAACUAUACUAAAUAUAUUAAUGUCACCAAAUAAUUGAUUAAAACACACUGUUUUGCAAUGAAGGUCUACAGUAGCCUCAACAGCACUCUGUAGGGUAGCACCAUGGUGUAGCCGGAGGACAGCUAGAUUCUGUCCUCCUCUGGGUACAUUGACUUCAAUACAAAACCUAGGAGGCUCAUGGCUCUCACCCCCUUCCAUAGACUUACACAGUAACUAUGACAACUUCCGGAGGACGUCCUCCAACAUAGAGCUCUUGCAGCAUGAACUGACAUGUUGUCCACCCAAUCAAAGGUUUAGAGAAUUAAUCUAGUACUGAAAGCAUAAGCUACAGCUAGCUAGCACUGCAGUGCAUCAAAUGUGGUGAGUAGUUGACUCAAAGAUAAAGACAAUAAUUGAACAGUUUUGAACAAAUUCAUUUGGUCAAAAAUGAAGGAGAAGCAAGAGCGAGAGCUAUAUUUCGUUGCAGCUAGCUACAGUUGAAGUCGGAAGUUUACAUACACUUAGGUUGGAGUCAUUAAAACUUGUUUUUCAACCACUCCACACAUUUCUUGUUAACACUAUAGUUUUGGCAAGUCGGUUAGGACAUCUACUUUGUGCAUGACACAAGUAAUGUUUUCCAACAAUUGUUUACAGACAGAUUAUUUCACUUAUAAUUCACUGUAUCACAAUUCCAGUGGGUCAGAAGUUUACAUACACUAAAUUGACUGUGCCUUUAAACAGCUUGGAAGAUUCCAGAAAAUGAUGUCAUGGCUUUAGAAGCUUCUGAUAGGCUAAUUUACAUCGUUUGAGUCAAUUGGAGGUGUACCUGUGGAUGUAUUUCAAGGCCUACCUUCAAACUCGGUGCCUCUUUGCUCGACAUCAUGGGAAAAGCAAAAUAAAUCAGCCAAGACCUCAGAAAAAAAAUAUUAUAGACCUCCACGAGUCUGGUUCAUCCUUGGGAGCAAUUUCCAAACGCCUGAAGGUACCACACUCAUCUGUACAAACAAUAGUACGCAAGUAUAAACACCAUGGGACCACGCAGCCGUCAUACCGCUCAGGAAGGAGACUCGUUCUGUCUCCUAGAGAUUAACAUACUUUGGUGCUGAAAGUGCAAAUCAAUCCCAGAACAACAGCAAAGGACCAUGUGAAGAUGCUGGAGGAAACCGGUACAAAAGUAUCUAUAUCCACAGUAAAACGAGUCGUAUAUCGACAUAACCUGAAAGGCCGCUCAGCAAGGAAGAAGCCACUGCUCCAAAACCGCCAUAAAAAAGCCAGACUACGGUUUGCAACUGCACAUGGGGACAAAUAUCGUACUCUUUGGAGAAAUGUCCUCUGGUCUGAUGAAACAAACAUAGAACUGUUUGGCCAUAAUGACCAUCGUUAUGUUUGGAUUAAAAAGGGGGUGCUUGCAAGCCGAAGAACACCAUCCCAACCGUGAAGCACGGGGGUGGCAGCGUCAUGCUGUGGGGGUGCAUUGCUGCAGGAGGGACUGGUGCACUUCACAAAAUAGAUGGCAUCAUGAGGAAGGAAAAUUAUGUGGAUAUAUUGAAGCAACAUCUCAAGACAUCAGUCAGGAAGUUAAAGCUUGGUCGCAAAUGGGUCUUCCAAAUGGACAAUGACCCCAACCAUACUUCCAAAGUUGUGGCAAAAUGGCUUAAGGACAACAAAGUCAAGGUAUUGGAGUGGCCAUCACAAAGCCCUGACCUCAAUCCUAUAGAACAUUUGUGGGCAGAACUGAAAAAGCGUGUGCAAGCAAGGAGGCCUACAAACCUGACUCAGUUACACCAGCUCUGUCAGGAGGAAUGGGCAAAAACUCACCCAAUUUAUUAUGGGAAGCUUGUGGAAGGCUACCCGAAACGUUUGACCCAAGUUAAACAAUUUAAAGGCAAUGCUACCAAAUACUAAUUGAGUGUAUGUAAACUUCUGACCCACUGGGAAUGUGAUGAAAGAAAUAAAAUCUGAAAUAAAUCAUUCUCUCUACUAUUAUUCUGACAUUUCACGUUCUUAAAAUAAAGUGGUGAUCCUAACUGACCUAAGACAGGGAAUUUUUACUAGGAUUAAACGUCAGCAAUUGUGAAAAACUGAGUUUAAAUGUAUUUGGCUAAGGUGUAUGUAAACUUCCGACUUCAACUGUAGUUUAGCCUACUCAAACACCCGGCUCAAACAGAGAGGGAUGCUAUGUUAGCUAGCUGGCUAUGGCUAUCCAACACUGGAACUCUUCCAAGUCAAGGUAAGCUUUUGGUUUUAUUAAUUUAUUGCCACCCGGGGCCCGCCGGUGUAACUUCUAAACUGCUUGCUGAUUGUACACUGUAGUGCGUGAUUGUAUCGGGUUUACUAACGCGUUAGUUCUAGUAGCUAUGUUGACUAUGACGUUAGCUAAUUUGGUGACAACGAUGUAGGCUGUGUGUAGCGGUUAUGAUAUGAAGGUUUGGCUUAGAAAGGUUUUUUCGCCUGGUCACAGACAUCUGAUGUGUUGAGCACUGAAGCCCACGAGCGAAGGGAAAAGGUGAGAGGAGGAGAGCACGUAGAUGAGAGAAGGAAUUAUGCUGUUUGUAUGUGGCUGCUAUGAAAAUGAACUGUGUUUGCGUGUGAUCAGGGGUGUAUUCAUUCCGCCGAUUCUGUUGAAAAACAUUUCUUAAACGGAAUGAAACAGAGAUAAACAUUCCUGAAUUUGUCCAAUGGAAACUCUCGUUUGCAACUGUUGGACUAAUGAUUACACCCUAGAUCAGCUAGAUGCAGGCAAGAGUGUGCAAGGCGGGAUUGAACGUGUCACUGUCUGUCACCUUGAUUACUCGAAUGAUUCUCUCGACCUGUGCACCUACGUUGUAAACUUUUCAGAAACUAGGUUGUAGCAACUUCAUGAUGAAGGGAAUAUCAGAGUAUCAUGUAGUAGCCUAAACCUAUCGAUGUUACAUUGAGCUGGGUGAAUGGAAUAUGAAUGACAGUCAUCCAAUAUGCUGUAAUAGAAAUAAGGCCAUGCUCAUUCAAAACAUAAUCGUCCUCCCUCAUCUUAAACGUCACCGACCUCCACUGCUUUCAACUUACUCUUGAAAGUUGUAAUAUUAGAAUGCACAAGGUACAAUUUCUAAAUUGGGUAUUGCAUCAUCAGUUCCUCUUGUCAUGUCAGUCAUUGCACAUCUUAGAGAGCUAUUUAUAACUUGUCAGAAAUGUCCAGAUCAACUAGCCCAUGUCAGCUAACGUUUUUUAGCUACGUUUUUCAGCCCAUAGAUUUUGUUGUAAUGUUUGAGUCACUCAAAUAUCACAUGAAUAAACAUUAGACAUGGUAAAAUGUAUAGAACUGCAAGAAAAUAAGCUUUUAAACCUGAACAUUUUUCUGUCUGUCAACAAGAGGGGUGUGAACAGUUUGUGUCAUGAAUAAUGCUCGUGCCCAUAGAAAGAGAGGUGGCAGGGGCGCAGGAUGCUCCCCAAUGCUGGAAGGGGGGGCCUGAGUGGAAAAGUUGGGGGACCCUGCUCUACACAAAAGGAUCAUCCAAACGGCAGUCUAGUCUAGUCCUGGGGAAACCCCAAGGAUGUGCACAUUUUUGUUCCAGCCCAGUAUUAACACACCCGAUUCAACAUAUCAACUAAAUCAAGCCCUUGAUCUAGUUGAAUCAUGUGUUUUGUUAGUGCUUAGUGCUGAUCUGGAACAAAAAUGUGCAGCAACUAGAUUAUUAGUUAAAUGUCUAUGAAUGCGUCCCAAAUGGAAUCCUAUUCCCUAUAUCAGGGCUGCCCAAUCCUGUUCCUGGAGAGCUACCCUGCUGUAGGUUUUUCGCUUCAACCCCAGUUGUAACUAACCUGAUUCAGCUGAUCAACCAGCUAAUUAUUAGAAUCAGGGGUUGAAGUUAAAACCUACAGGAUGGUAGCUCUCCAGGAACGGGGUUGGAGUUAACCUACAGGAUUGGAGCUCUCCAGGAACAGGGUUGGAGUUAACCUACAGGAGGGUAGCUCUCCAGGAACGGGGUUGAAGUUAAAACCUACAGGAUGGUAGCUCUCCAGGAACAGGGUUGGAGUUAACCUACAGGAGGGUAGCUCUCCAGGAACGGGGUUGGAGUUAACCUACAGGAGGGUAGCUCUCCAGGAACAGGGUUGGAGUUAACCUACAGGAGGGUAGCUCUCCAGGAACGGGGUUGGAGUUAACCUACAGGAGGGUAGCUCUCCAGGAACAGGGUUGGAGUUAACCUACAGGAGGGUAGCUCUCCAGGAACGGGGUUGGAGUUAACCUACAGGAGGGUAGCUCUCCAGGAACGGGGUUGGAGUUGACCUACAGGAGGGUAGCUCUCCAGGAACGGGGUUGGAGUUAAAACCUACAGGAUGGGAGCUCUCCAGGAACAGGGUUGGAGUUAACCUACAGGAGGGUAGCUCUCCAGGAACGGGGUUGGAGUUAACCUACAGGAGGGUAGCUCUCCAGGAACGGGGUUGGAGUUAACCUACAGGAGGGUAGCUCUCCAGGAACGGGGUUGGAGUUCAAACCUACAGGAUGGGAGCUCUCCAGGAACAGGGUUGGAGUUAACCUACAGGAGGGUAGCUCUCCAGGAACGGGGUUGGAGUUAACCUACAGGAGGGUAGCUCUCCAGGAACGGGGUUGGAGUUGACCUACAGGAGGGUAGCUCUCCAGGAACGGGGUUGGAGUUAAAACCUACAGGAUGGGAGCUCUCCAGGAACAGGGUUGGAGUUAACCUGCAGGAGGGUAGCUCUCCAGGAACGGGGUUGGAGUUAACCUACAGGAGGGUAGCUCUCCAGGAACGGGGUUGGAGUUAAAACCUACAGGAUGGGAGCUCUCCAGGAACAGGGUUGGAGUUAACCUACAGGAGGGUAGCUCUCCAGGAACCGGGUUGGAGUUAACCUACAGGAGGGUAGCUCUCCAGGAACGGGGUUGGAGUUAAAACCUACAGGAUUGGAGCUCUCCAGGAACAGGGUUGGAGUUAACCUACAGGAGGGUAGCUCUCCAGGAACGGGGUUGGAGUUCAAACCUACAGGAUGUGAGCUCUCCAGGAACAGGGUUGGAGUUAACCUACAGGAGGGUAGCUCUCCAGGAACAGGGUUGGAGUUAAAACCUACAGGAGGGUAGCUCUCCAGGAACAGGGUUGGAGUUAAAACCUACAGGAGGGUAGCUCUCCAGGAACAGGGUUGGAGUUAAAACCUACAGGAGGGUAGCUCUCCAGGAACAGGGUUGGAGUUAAAACGUACAGGAGGGUUGGAGUUAACCUACAGGAGGGUAGCUCUCCAGGAACAGGGUUGGAGUUAAAACCUACAGGAGGGUAGCUCUCCAGGAACAGGGUUGGAGUUAAAACCUACAGGAGGGUUGGAGUUAAAACCUACAGGAGGGUAGCUCUCCAGGAACAGGGUUGCUCUCCAGGAACAGGGUUGGAGUUAAAACCUACAUGAGGGUAGCUCUCCAGGAACAGGGUUGGAGUUAACCUACAGGAGGGUAGCUCUCCAGGAACAGAGUUGGAGUUAAAACCUACAGGAGGGUAGCUCUCCAGGAACAGGGUUGGAGUUAAAACCUACAGGAGGGUUGGAGUUAAAACCUACAGGAGGGUAGCUCUCCAGGAACAGGGUUGGAGUUAAAACCUACAGGAGGGUGGCUCUCCAGGAACAGGGUUGGAGUUAAAACCUACAGGAGGGUAGCUCUCCAGGAACAGGGUUGGAUAAUGCACUACUUACUUUCUUUCACUUGCCCAGACUUGUCACAGGUGUUGAUCAAAGGUCUGUCUGGGUCUAUGUUGAGAUUGAGAUAGUAGUGUGUCUGUAAUCUGGAGAAGCAUCUGGCUCUCUCAUCCUGACCCUGUCGUGUGUGUUCCUCUGAUCUCACUGGCCUGUCUGUCUGUCUGUCUGUCUGUCUGCCUGUCUGCCUGUCUGCCUGUCUGCCUGUCUGCCUGUCUGCCUGUCUGCCUGUCUGCCUGUCUGUCUGUGAAGAUGGCAGAGAAAGUUGUCUUUAGUUUAAAGUUUAGUUCCUUCCUAACUGUUGUUGUAUUCAGGGGGCAUAUUAUUGCAGGCACGGCCCUCAGGGAAGUAGGUUAGUCUGACUCCGAAGGCUACUUCUAAGGCCGGCCAGGUUCCAAUAUUUUAGCGUCUUCUCUCUCUCUCUCUCCCUCCCUCUGCAGCCGAAUGGCCCAAAACUCUCACGGGGCUGCCCAGCACCUCAGGCACCACGGCCAGUGUAGUGGUCAUCCGGGGGGACCGCAUGUACGUGGCCCACGUAGGAGACUCUGCCAUAGUGCUAGGGGUCCAGGACGACCCCACUGACCAGUUCAUCAGGGCCGUGGAGGUCACACAGGACCACAAGCCUGAGCUGCCCAAGGAGAGGGAGCGCAUCGAAGGACUGGGGGGCAGGUAAUGCCGACUCGUACUACCCUACUAGGUUAGCUCUUUAGCCAGCCAACUCAAGAACUAACUCAACAUUGUAAUGUUUUGUCUGUCUGACAGACAGACUAGCCUCACCAACACAUAAUACUGUACUAGGGCCCCUAACAACCGUAGCCUCGUGUGACUGUGCAUCCAAAACAACAGCCCCUAUGACAAGACAAUAGGUUUUGCACAAUAGCGAAUCAAACUCUUGUCUGCUUUGGGUUGAUGACAACAUUGUCUGCUCUACUGCAAACUCAGUCAGAUGAAGCAUUGUAGCAUCUAUACAUGUACGCCUGCUUGGUCUCUGACUGACUGGGUAACUAGACUAGAGGGACGGACAGACACUGGGUAACUAGACUAGAGGGACGGACAGACACUGGGUAACUAGACUAGAGGGAUGGACAGACACUGGGUAACUAGACUAGAGGGACGGACAGACACUGGGUAAACAACACACUACUGUAGAGCCAUCUCCUUCAGAUAAGGAACACACAGGCUGCGUCCCAGAUGGCCCUGGUCAAAAGUCUCUGGUGGUCCUCUGUAGCUCAGCUGGUAGAGCUCAGCUGGUAGAGCUCGGCUGGUAGAGCUCGGCUGGUAGAGCUCGGCUGGUAGAGCUCGGCUGGUAGAGCUCGGCUGGUAGAGCUCGGCUGGUAGAGCUCGGCUGGUAGAGCUCGGCUGGUAGAGCUCGGCUGGUAGAGCUCAGCUGGUAGAGCUCAGCUGGUAGAGCUCAGCUGGUAGAGCUCAGCUGGUAGAGCGCGGCGCUCGUAACGCCAGGUUAGUGGGUUCCAUCCCCGGGACCACCCCAUACGUAAAAAAUGUAUGCGCACAUGAGACUGUAAGUCGCUUUGGAUAAAAGCGUCUGCUAAAUGGCAUAUUAUUAUUUAUAUAUUAUAUUAAUGGGGUGCUAUUUGGGACGUAGCCAGUGGUACCCACAGAGGGACUGAGCUUGGAGCGAUUUCCAGUGACUUUAAGACUCUUGCCAGACUAGUUAUCAGCAUCGCAGCAGUUUACUGCCGAUUUUAAAUUGUGCUGGUCACAUACCAUAAGGGUUAUUAUAUCAACCAGCCAAUUUAAAUAAAGCUAGUCACUUUAUUUAUACCACUUCUAUUAAUUAGCCAUUUCUAAGACGUGUUAGUGGUUUACUGAACAUUUUGUAAAAGGUGCGUCUGAAAUAACACCCCAUUCCUUCCUUCUAUAGUUCACUAUAAAGGCAGUAGGGGGUCUGAAAUAACACCCCAUUCCUUCCUUCUAUAGUUCACUAUAAAGGCAGUAGGGGGUCUGUAAUAACACCCCAUUCCUUCCUUCUAUAGUUCACUAUAAAGGCAGUAGGGGGUCUGUAAUAACACCCCAUUCCUUCCUUCUAUAGUUCACUAUAAAGGCAGUAGGGGGUCUGUAAUAACACCCCAUUCCUUCCUUCUAUAGUUCACUAUAAAGGCAGUAGGGGGUCUGUAAUACACCCCAUUCCUUCCUUCUAUAGUUCACUAUAAAGGCAGUAGGGGGUCUGUAAUAACACCCCAUUCCUUCCUUAUAUAGUUCACUAUAAAGGCAGUAGGGGGUCUGUAAUAACACCCCCAUUCCUUCCUUCUAUAGUUCACUAUAAAGCAGUAGGGGUCUGUAAUACACCCCAUUCCUUCCUUCUAUAGUUCACUAUAAAGGCAGUAGGGGGUCUGUAAUAACACCCCAUUCCUUCCUUCUAUAGUUCACUAUAAAGGCAGUAGGGGGUCUGUAAUAACACCCCAUUCCUUCCUUCUAUAGUUCACUAUAAAGGCAGUAGGGGGUCUGACUGGCUAAAUCAGAACUACUACUUCAUUAAUACUUUAUUAAAUACCAGUGAUAACUCUCCUGUCUCUCUCCCUCCUGUCUGUCUCUCCCCCUCCUGUCUCCAGUGUGAUAACCCUCCUGUCUGUCUCUCUCCCUCCUGUCUCCAGUGUGAUAACUCUCCUGUCUGUCUCUCUCCUGUCUCCAGUGUGAUAACCCUCCUGUCUCCAGUGUGAUAACUCUCCUGUCUCUCUCCCUCCUGUCUCCAGUGUGAUAACUCUCCUGUCUCUCUCCCUCCUGUCUCCAGUGUGAUAACUCUCCUGUCUGUCUCUCCCUCCUGUCUCCAGUGUGAUAACUCUCCUGUCUCUCUCUCUCCCUCCUGUCUCCAGUGUGAUAACUCUCCUGUCUCUCUCUCUCCCUCCUGUCUCCAGUGUGAUAACUCUCCUGUCUGUCUGUCUCCCUCCUGUCUCCAGUGUGAUAACUCUCCUGUCUCUCUCCCUCCUGUCUCCAGUGUGAUAACUCUCCUGUCUCUCUCCCUCCUGUCUCCAGUGUGAUAACUCUCCUGUCUGUCUCCCUCCUGUCUCCAGUGUGAUAACUCUCCUGUCUGUCUCUCUCCCUCCUGUCUCCAGUGUGAUAACUCUCCUGUCUCUCUCCCUCCUGUCUCCAGUGUGAUAACUCUCCUGUCUCUCUCCCUCCUGUCUCCAGUGUGAUAACUCUCCUGUCUGUCUCUCUCCCUCCUGUCUCCAGUGUGAUAACUCUCCUGUCUGUCUCUCUCCCUCCUGUCUCCAGUGUGAUAACUCUCCUGUCUCUCCCCCUCCUGUCUCCAGUGUGAUAACUCUCCUGUCUCUCUCCCUCCUGUCUCCAGUGUGAUAACUCUCCUGUCUCUCUCCCUCCUGUCUCCAGUGUGAUAACUCUCCUGUCUGUCUCCCUCCUGUCUCCAGUGUGAUAACUCUCCUGUCUGUCUCUCUCCCUCCUGUCUCCAGUGUGAUAACUCUCCUGUCUGUCUCCCUCCUGUCUCCAGUGUGAUAACUCUCCUGUCUCUCUCCCUCCUGUCUCCAGUGUGAUAACUCUCCUGUCUGUCUGUCUCCCUCCUGUCUCCAGUGUGAUAACUCUCCUGUCUGUCUGUCUCCCUCCUGUCUCCAGUGUGAUAACUCUCCUGUCUCUCUCCCUCCUGUCUCCAGUGUGAUAACUCUCCAGUGUGAUAACUCUCCUGUCUGUCUCUCUCCCUCCUGUCUCCAGUGUGAUAACUCUCCUGUCUGUCUCUCUCCCUCCUGUCUCCAGUGUGAUAACUCUCCUGUCUCUCUCCCUCCUGUCUCCAGUGUGAUAACUCUCCUGUCUCUCUCCCUCCUGUCUCCAGUGUGAUAACUCUCCUGUCUGUCUCCCUCCUGUCUCCAGUGUGAUAACUCUCCUGUCUGUCUCUCCCUCCUGUCUCCAGUGUGAUAACUCUCCUGUCUCUCUCCCUCCUGUCUCCAGUGUGAUAACUCUCCUGUCUCUCUCCCUCCUGUCUCCAGUGUGAUAACUCUCCUGUCUGUCUCUCUCCCUCCUGUCUCCAGUGUGAUAACUCUCCUGUCUGUCUCUCUCCCUCCUGUCUCCAGUGUGAUAACUCUCCUGUCUCUCCCCCUCCUGUCUCCAGUGUGAUAACUCUCCUGUCUCUCUCCCUCCUGUCUCCAGUGUGAUAACUCUCCUGUCUCUCUCCCUCCUGUCUCCAGUGUGAUAACUCUCCUGUCUGUCUCCCUCCUGUCUCCAGUGUGAUAACUCUCCUGUCUGUCUCUCUCCCUCCUGUCUGUCUCUCUCCCUCCUGUCUCCAGUGUGAUAACUCUCCUGUCUCUCUCCCUCCUGUCUCCAGUGUGAUAACUCUCCUGUCUGUCUCCCUCCUGUCUCCAGUGUGAUAACCCUCCUGUCUAUCUCCCUCCUGUCUCCAGUGUGAUAACCCUCCUGUCUGUCUCUCUCCCUCCUGUCUCCAGUGUGAUAACUCUCCUGUCUCUCCCCCUCCUGUCUCCAGUGUGAUAACUCUCCUGUCUCUCUCCCUCCUGUCUCCAGUGUGAUAACUCUCCUGUCUGUCUCUCCCCCUCCUGUCUCCAGUGUGAUAACUCUCCUGUCUGUCUCUCUCCCUCCUGUCUCCAGUGUUAUAAAGAAGUCUGGUGUGAACAGGGUGGUGUGGAAGAGACCCAGGUUGACUCACAACGGCCCCGUCCGGAGGAGCACUGUCAUAGACCAGAUCCCUUUCCUGGCUGUGGCCAGAGCUUUA